AUGGAGGCCAUCUUGGAACUCCUCCAGACUCAGAGGACUUCUACCUCUGCUAACCCUGCUGAUGUCAAUGUCACCCAUGCUGCUGGGGUGACCAAUCCUACUACUGUUGUUGGUGUUACCGUUGAAACUCCGGUGGAGAUUCUAAAUGUGCAUGUUCAAGUGAUAGCUCCAGAAACCUCUCGACCAGCCAGUCAGGUCGCUCUCCCUGCUGUUGAUUCGGCCAGGCCAGCAGAUUAUCAGUUGUUAGACGACAUAAUAAGGGUUAUUGAGGGUUUCUCCGCCUUUGGUAUCGAUGCUCGAGAUUUUUGCCUCGUUCCGAAUGUGGUACUUCCACAAAAGUUCAAGGUGCCAGACCUCCCGAAGUACAAAGACAGUCUGUCUGGAGCUUCUCUGGAUUGGUACAUGAGUUUAAAACGCACCAAGAUUAGGUCCUGGAGAGAUCUAUAUGAGGCAUUCCUGAAACAGUACAAGUAUAAUCUCGAUAUGGCUCCAACCAGGUUGCAAUUACAUAAUCAAGCGCAGAGAUCCAAUGAGACCUUUAAAGAGUAUGCUCAGUGUUGGCCUGAGAUGGCGUCUAGGGUCAGACCAACAUUGUCAGAUAAUGAACUUGUGGAUAUCUUCAUGGAAAAUGGGCUGAAAUCAGGGAAGAUCACAUAUACAACCGCUCUGCAAACAACAAACAAGAGGUCACAUGGGGGCUUCGCAAAAAAGAAAGAGGGGAAGACAAAUGUUGUGACGGCAAGUGUCUACCCCCAGUAUCAGUUUCCGAUGGCCCCUAUGCCAUACUAUCCUUAUUCGUAUGUCGCCGCUACUCAAUAUCAACAACCGCCAUGGGCUAUUGUACCAAAAGAACUCCCAGCAACCUCUCCUCCCUUUCAUCGUAAUCAUAACCCUAAUGCCUCCUGUACCUUCCACGCAGGGUAUAUAGGAUAUUCCAUAGAGGAUUGCUGGACUCUCAAGAAGAGGAUUCAAGAGUUGAUUGAUCAAGAGGUUCUGUCUUUCUCCGAGGAAAAACCCAACGUGAAAAUGAAUCCACUGCCUAAUCAUGGCGGUUCAACAGUCAACGCCGUGAUCAAAGAGGAAACAUCAGAAAUUGUACUAAGGGCUGACGAUGUAAAGACUCCGCUGUCAGUUGUGUUGAAGAGGCUUGAAUAG